GCGCUAUCCAGCUUGCUUUCACACCACCCCAACCCCCGCACCUCCUCCUCGUACUCCAGAAGACCCUUCAGCAUGGCCGCGAACAAAGAUGCCGUCGCGCAGAUCGCCGCAGAGCUCAAGGCAGACAUAUUCACCUUGACCCAGGACGAAGAUAACAAGCGCGGCUUCGAGGAGGUCUCGAGGAGCUUCAUCUCGGACACCAUUACAGUGCCUACGCCCGACAUGUACAUGUACGCCGCGAGGGCGUCCCUCGGCGACGCUGUCUACCAUGAGCCCACCACCCUAGCCUUCGAGGCGCACGUCGCAAAGGUCACCGGGAAGGAGGAUGCGCUCUUCCUCCCGUCCGGGACCAUGUCCAACCAGAUCGCGCUCAGGACGCACCUGAUGCAGCCCCCGUACGCGGUCCUCUGCGACCACCGCUCGCACAUCGUCCGGUACGAAGCCGGUGGCACGGCCUUCCACUCCGGCGCGCACUCGCAGAUGGUCAUCCCCUCAAACGGGCACCAUCUCACGCUCGCCGAUAUCGAGGAGAACAUCGUGCUCGGGACGGACCUCCACAGCUCUCCGACCUCGGUCAUCUCGCUCGAGAACACCCUCAACGGCACCGUCUUCCCGCAGGACGAGAUCAUCCGUAUCUCCGAGUACGCGCACCGUGAGGGCGUCAAGAUGCACCUCGACGGCGCGCGGAUUUGGCACGUUGCAGCUGAGACUGCGACGCCUAUCUCGGAGCUCUGUGCUCCCUUUGACAGCGUCAGCUUGUGCUUCAGCAAGGGCCUCGGUGCACCUAUCGGGUCGUGCCUCGUCGGCACGAAGACAUACAUCGCGAAGGCGCGCUGGUUCCGCAAGCUCUUCGGCGGUGGUAUGCGCCAGACCGGAUUUAUGACCGCCGCUGCAGCGUACGCGCUCACGAACAACUUCCCGCUUCUCCCUGCCGUGCACACGCUCGCGCAGCGGCUUGCGGACGGCCUCCGCGAGAUCGGUGUCAGCGUCACGAGCGCCGAGACCUGCAUGGUGUUCUUCGACCCCACGCCCGUCGGGAUCUCAUACGUGGAGUUGGUCCAGCGUGCGCGCGACCUCCCCAAGCCGAUCAAGCUCGGUGGCUCGCGUCUUGUGGUGCACAUUCAGACGUCGCCGCAGGUCGUUGACGAUCUGCUCUCCCUUAUCCGCGAGCUUGCAGAGGAGAAGAAGGCUGCUGGGUUUGUCAAGUCAGAAACCCCGUUGACGAACGGCAAGGCGCCCAAGAACAUGUACGUCAAGGUGAAGGCAUGAGUGCCGCCCGACGAAGGCGCUCUUCCAUAAGGGAUAAACGCGCACCAUAGAAUGGGAAGGAGAGGGACGAUUGUUGGUAGACAUCAACCCAUGUUGUAAUAACU